CGCAGAAUACAUUAGUGUGAAAAACGUUUCGGUAGUACUACCGCAACGUACAUGUUCUGUUGGUUUUGCUUCUGUUCGAUUGAUAUAAGGAGACCUCCCUCACCCCGAAGCUACUAUUGCUAAAUAAAACAUACAAAUUAACCAUGAUGAAAUCGGCUAUCCUUUCCCUCUUGAUCGCAAGUGCUUCGGCCUUCGCCCCCGCUUCGCAGGUAAGGAAUGGCCCGUAUGCGGCGUUGUUGAAUGAACGAUGCUGGUCAGAAAUCGAGCUUUUUCGAAGUCAUGGUUCGGAGAUGAUCAUGAAACGGUGUUCUCGGUAGGACUGACAGUCGUCUCCUGGCGAUGCGGCAAAGUUUUGAAGUUAGAUUGUGUAUUGCGUACAGUGAUCUCAACCAAAGCUCUUCCUCCCGUCCUUUUGCUCAUUAACAAAACAAAACUUAACAAUCAUCGUUUUUUUUGCUCGUGUGUACCGUGCACUGACUUGUUGGAUUUGUUCAAAUGUUCGCAAAACUCUGUUCAUUGGAUUCCGACGCAUGUAUCCUCGCAUCAAACAACAAUAGACCCAACGGGCUGGAUCGGUUGCUCUCAAUGCCGAAGAAUUCUCGAAAUCCAUCCCUUUCUUGGUCAAACCCGAGAAGCUCGAUGGAUCCAUGCCUGGUGACUUCGGAUUCGACCCUAUGCGUCUUUCGGACAUCCAGACCGACUUGCGAUACGCUCGUUGGGCCGAAAUCAAGCACGGACGUAUCUGUAUGCUUGCCAUCGUAGGUAUGGUUGUUCAACAAUCCGGCAUCCACUUCCCUGGUGAUGCCUACACCAGCACCGAUGUCUUCGGUGCUGUUGGUCAAGUCGGAUGGGCCGUUAACAUCCAAAUCCUUCUCACCAUCGGAAUCAUCGAAGCCUCCAACUUCUACAAGCACUACGAUGAUGAAACUAUUCCCGGAAACAUCGAGUGGGGAUCUUCGAUCUUGACCGAUAUGUCCCCCGAGGACCAAGCGUGGCGCCAAGAACAAGAAAUUGUCCACGGACGACUUGCAAUGAUCGCUUUCGUUGGUGCUACCGUCCAAACCCUUCUCUUCGACAAGCCUCUUUUGUCUCUCUAAGCUUUGAGCGUGAAGAAGCAAUACGAACAAUAACCUAGACUCUUUUCCGUGUCACCCUUUUGACAAGAAAAUGAGAAGGCGGUAUUCAGAGAUGUGGCUGUGUCCCACUCGCGCACUGCUAGUUUUUAUGAAGUCUCUCGCAUGCAAUGAUGUUGAUCUCCAUCUUAAUACUGUAAUAAAAUGAUACAUUCAAGCGGGGACUAACAUAAAAGAAUCAAUUUUUCAAAGACGAUUUCGUACUCGCAAGAAGGGCAGAGGCAUAAACUAUCGGAAUAGUU